CAACUAGGGUUUUCUAAGGAAAGGGAGUGUAUUGAGCUAAAAUGGGUGUAACACAAUUUAGAAGUAGUCAAUUUGCAGUGAGAGCAUAUCAUCCCAGCAGAAUCAAGCAAACUUCCAUGAGGAGCCAAAUCAAUUGUUUGGGAGCUUCAAGGUCGAGUAUGUUCUCACAUGGUUCCUUGUCCAUGGCCGGAACGUCUAGAAAUAUGCAGAGUCACAGAGCGAAUACGUUUGAUUUCUUAUUUGGUAGAGACAAUACAGAUUACUAUUCCCUUCUUGGAGUUUCAGAACAUUCUACCCCAUCUGAGCUUAAAAAAGCUUACCGGAGACUGGCUAAGACAUACCAUCCAGAUGUGAACAAGGAUCCUGAUGCAGCAGAUAAAUUCAUAGAAAUAAAUAAUGCAUAUGAGGUGUUGUUAGAUGAAAUGAAAGCUGUUGACGAUAUUUGUGAGGAUGAAGUCUUAAUACCCAUCAAGAGGACUUGUUACGAUUGGUAUUCUCUAAAGACUCUUAUGGCCAAAUGCACCACUUGCGGCGGGCAAGGUCAUGUGUACACAUCAGUGAAAACUCCUCUUGGUAUGAAGCAAGAAGCCCUGACUUGCUCCUCCUGUAAUGGCACUGGCCAUGUCUUUGAUCUUCGAACAUCUGACAUCUCUUGA